AUGUCUUCUGUAACUGUUGAGUGCCCUUUACAUGAGUCACGAUUGCACAUUAAUACACAAUCACCUUUAUGUACUUCUCCGCCUUUAUCCCCACAAAGAGAUAAGGCGACUGAAAUUCCCUCUUCCGACCAUCGUAAGGUCACAGUUCGUAAGCCAGGGACUCCAUUAAAUUAUGGCUUAUCCACUUCAACAAAGUGGCGCCUUUUUCCGUUUUCAAAGACACGUGCUGUCAUUUGUUCUUCUGAUAUGACUCCAGGCCGCUACGUUAAACUUUCUCUUGAUGCCGAUGAUAUUGGCCCCAGCACUGACAUGUUCGUUAAAGCCGCCUGUCAGAAAUCUUAUCAGAGGCCAAUAAGCCAUCUUUCUGGCUACCCAUCCCUGCAGCUAAGGACUCAGAAGGAAAUUUUGUCGAAAGUAUCCAACACUGACUUAUUAUUUCCCCACGAAGCAAGAGAUCUUGAUGCAAACGGCGAAUUAAAUUCUUCAAUCUAUGAGUCAGUGUAUUGUUCGAAAUCCCAAGUCCCAGAAUUUGCAAACACUAAUUACGGGUUAGAUCUAAACAGAUCCAUUAUUUAUCCCUUAAUCAAUCAGGAAGAUGGCGACCAAAGCGAACGAUUCAUAUCCGCUUGUAAACAAAUUUCUCAUGAGUCACUUCACUCUCAAGAUAGAAACCGGAGCCAAUUGAAGCUUCGGCGCAAUGGAACUUUCUUCUCAGGCACCUCUUUUAUUCCUACUAAGAAUAGCCAUAUUUCUCCAACCGAUUCUGCAUCCGCUCUGAUAAAUUGCUCAUCUAUCGGCAUUGGGUCCUCUGUUCUUACACAUUCGAAUACAUAUUCUAGUUGCAUACAUGCCAGAUCUUCGGAUCUCAAAUCUCGAAGCCAUUGUGUCAUGGGUUUGGACAUCCUCCCUCACUCUAACACUGCACCAGUAUCCCCAAUUAAUUGGGAGCCUGAGUACACGUGGAAACUGCAGACGCCUUGUAUUUCGGAUUCCAUUUCAUCUGAGCUAAAAAACGACGACUCUUGUGAAUUCUUAUCACAUGCUACGGACGACUCUGAUACUGAUGAUCUCCACAGGAGUCUCUCUACCGAUAUGGCAUUUAUUGAUAUUAAGCAUUAUUUCCUGAUUUCACAUCUAAAUUUUAUACGACCUAUUGAGAAAGAGUUGAACUUCUCUCUCACUCGUCUAAUUGAAGUUUACGCCACCGGAUGGAUUGCCGUCACUCAUAUAUCUACAUCGGAACUCACAUCUCUUCAUUAUAUCAAACACGAACCAUUGACUCUUCGGCAUGAGUCACAGCAACCUUUUGCAGCCGUUUACACUUCCUGCCUACCUCCGCUUUCUGCCUCAAAUGAAUCAUCGAUCUGCGAUUUAAAAGUCUGA